UCGAGCGGUCUUUCAUUUUUUGGUCUUCUCACCGGGAACAUGAACACUCGAUCGCGUAAUAAGCGGCUGGCAUCGCCGGCUAAAAGUCUAGUGGGACGCACGGAGACAUGUGCGCCUGCUGUGGGUGGGCUCGGUCGGUCCGCAAGUCAGGACCCCUUUAAGACCGAUGCCACCGAAACACCCAUAGCACCAGGUGUGUCGCGCACGUGUCCCGUCUCCACGACCGGCGCUGCGGUGAAGUAUGAUGAUACCACUAGUUACAGGUCUCACAAAGCGAGCUCGUCGCGUUCGUCGGCGACCAUAAGAGCUCGGAGGCUGUCUGCGGAGGCCGAGUUGGCCCGCAGAAAUUUGGAGCGCGACCAGGAAAUGCUCGAAAAGAGAAUGUAGCGCGUUUGCAGAAUGCGCUCCGCGGCCCGGCGCGCGAGGCCGUAGCGUCGCUGCUUCAUACAGCAGCAGCCCCCGAAGAGAUCAUGCACGCCCUCGAGAGGUCAUUUGCGUGCCCCGAAAUGAUUGUUUUCGGUGAGGUGCAGGUUUUGAAGACGCUACCGCGGCUCGGCGCCGACUUAAAAGAAAUUGGUAUUUUUGCCAACAAGGUACGCAAUAGUUUGUCUACAAUGAGAUUGCUAGGCUUACGUGAAUAUUUACAAUCGCCGGAGCUAUUCCAUAGCAUUUUAGGCAAAUUCAACCCGAUGAUGAAAAUGAGAUGGUCUGACUAUGCGUCAGAAAUGUCAAAUCCUGACAUGUCAAAACUUGAGCUUUUAUCAGAUUUUCUAACACGUGAACACGAGCGAUACAUUAAAUUCGCUUUAUCGCCCGAUAUAGGGCUGUCUAUCGCUUCUGUUGCCCCGCAACCGUUCGGCAAACCAUUUAAAAGAGAAAAUGUUAAUAUUAUA